GGCUUGUUUGAGACGUCAACUCCAAGCAGUGCUGACAAGAUGCCAGACGGUGGCAGCAAAGUCCAUCUGACUUCACAACUGGGGAGAAGCUACUCCCUGAGUCUGCCCAGGCGUCUGCCCUCCAUGCCCUCUUAUAAGCCCAUGUCUCCUUCCAUCACCCAUGGAUACCAGCCAUCUCUGAGUCUGAUGGAGAGGCAGACAUCCCUGCCAGAUAGGAGCUACAAGCCCCCUACUCCCUGGCAGGCCGCGGCCAGGAGUCCCCUGGGCCUGGUGGACGAGGCCUUCAACUUCCAGAACCUCCCACAGUCUAUCGCCUCCAACGUUACGUCUGCUGCCCACCGUAGAUCUCUCCCCGUGCCUCCGGCUGAGUGGAAGCGCAAGGUGUCGCUGGACACUCCUGGGACUGGUCCUCAUGAGGGGUAUUAUCCUACAAGUCCAUAUUUUCCCCCCCUCUCCAUGAGGCAGACCAGGUCUUCACUGGAGAAACCUGUCACCUACGGGCCUCCCUUCAGGCCCGCCCAGCCUCUGAAGCCACGGAGUAGGGCUAGCUUCGGAUACACUGGUGUCAGCAUGGGCCACCGCAGUCCAACUAGCCACGCUCCUUUGGUUACUACUGCAAUGAGAAGGUAACUGCAUGGCAAUAGAACCAUGUAAACCCCAAAACUCAGGUAUUAAACCUGGAUAUUACAGUUCAUCAUCCAAUCCUUUUACACUUACAAAAACAUUUUACACAUACACUUUAUACAUGUUGUCACUUGAAUGAAGUAGAUUGAUAUUUUGGGGAUAGAGUAACAUUUUAAAUAGAUUUGAACACAAGAAAUACUUUUUUCCUUGGAAUUGAGAUCAUGUUGAUCUUAUUUAGAGUACAAAGCAUGUAGCGAGACAAUUAAGCAGAUGGUCUAUGUAAGUGAUUCUAGCAAAGUUUAGAAGAGGAGUUAAUGAUUUUCAUGGGUUUAUGCUUCAUGAGGAGACAAAAACAAACAGUCCAUUGACAAACGUCUAAUCAAACUACAGCACAGGCUUCCAAAAGAUUGGUUUGGUAAGCCAGCUGCAAAACAAAUGAAGGUUUUUACAUUUGACUGAAUUUGAUUGAAAUGAAAUACAGUUUCAAAUAUAACAUGUUAAAUGAAAUGUAAAAGAUGUGUAAUAUAAAAAAAAAAGUAUAUUGUAGUUUUUUCACUGACACUACUCGGUCAAUAGUUUGCUGUGAAAUUGAAGAUCUGUCAAAACUGAAUGAUGAUAUUUUAUUCACAUGAUCUGCAAAGUUUGCAAAUAUGUGCACUAAUUUCCAGAGCAAAUGUGUGAAUUAUGUGUGAAUUAUUCCACUGCAUGUUGACCUGGACAAGAUACAUUGAACAGUUUUAUUCUGUAUUUACAUCUAUAAAAUGUUAGCAGUAUAAUCUUCCUGGAUUUUUUUUAUUAUAUCCUUAAGACAGUCUAGGAUUGAAAAACUGAAUGAAAUACCAUACGGUGAACUUGAUCCAUUGUUAGACAAUAUCAAGAGAUUGCUGUGCUAUUUGGUAAUAAUUAUAGAGCUAUUAUUGUGUGACCUGCCAUCCUAACACUUGCAGGGAUGUGCAACACAACCACAUCAGUUGUUAUAAAUGUUCUAGCUGUACACAGAAACUGAGGGGUAAAGUGUGGUGUUCCUGCUGCUGUUGAGGCUCUUCGUAGCAAGGACUUUGUUUCAAUCCACACACCAGCAGGGGCAAGUAAGUCAUGCCUAAUUUUGACUUUUUAAAAGUUGACCGGACACGUGUUUUGGAAGGGCGCACUCCCUUGAUGAGGUUUGGUUGGCACCAUGCACCUCCUCUCUCUCUCUCUCUCUCUCUC